AUGACGCAGACUCACUCCGUCAUAUCUCCCGCCAUCCUCUACUGGGGCACUCCCGUCGUGCUCGUCUCGUCCGAAAACGAAGACGGCACGCACAACCUCUGCGCCAUCUCGUCCGCCUUCUGGCUCGGCCACCGCUGCGUGCUCGGCUUCGGCGCGGGUAGCAAGACGCCGCAAAACAUCCUCCGCACCGGCCAGUGCGUCGUCUGCCUCCCCGACGACGCCAUGGUCGCGCCCGUCAACGCCCUCGCCUCCACCACCGGCUCCGAGCACCCCUCGCCGUCCAAGCUCGCCCGCGGCUACCGCUUCGUCAAGGACAAGUGGUCCUGCGCGGAUCUCACGCCGCAGCCUGCAGACCUGGUGCGCCCCGCGCGCGUGCGCGAGUGCCCUGUCCAAAUGGAGUGUGAGCUGGCAUGCGGGCAUCCCCUCAUGGAGGAUGUGCCUGAUCGUAGGGGCGUGCUGGUGGCCAUUGAACUGCAGGUGCUUCGGGUGCAUGUCCACGACAAGCUGCGGAUGGAGGGGCAUGCGAAUCGGAUCGACCCGGACAAGUGGCGGCCGAUGAUCAUGUCGUUCCAGGAGCUGUAUGGGCUGUCCGAGGGCAAAGCUGGGGAGAGCCAUUUGGCGCGCAUAGAUGAGGAAAAGUACCGGGCCGUGACGCGCAGCAGCGUGGUCAAGAGGCCUGGAGAUGGAGACAAGGAGAUGGCCGAGGCAAAGCAGCAGUCAGCUCAGCCAAACGGGCAUGCUUGA